UAGGCUCCAGCACCCCACCGUGACCCAGAAGGAUAAGCGGUUUAGAUGAUUUUUACCCCCAAGGACUAGAGGACGUUCCCAAAGAUGAAGAUCAACCUUAUACUGGGAGCUUUGCUCAUCCUCAUUGAACGGGGUACUUGCUUAUGUGAAUGGGCACAGUAUGAGAUAAAUGGGAAAUGUUGUCCCAUGUGUGCAUUUGGGACUUACGUCUAUAAAAGCUGCACUAAUGACAUGAGCACCAUUUGCAUACAGUGUACAGUAUGUGAUCCUGCUCAAGGAUUAAGAGUAAAGACUGCCUGCACAUGGUCAUCAGAUACAGUCUGUGAGCCAAUAGAUGGAUAUUACUGUACUGAUCAACAAAGAGGCAGCUGUAUACAAGCUGUAGAGCAUACAAACUGCAGCCCUGGACAAUAUAUAAAGCAUAUAGGAACAGCCUUUAAAAAUACUGAAUGUGCUGAAUGUCUAGAUGGUACCUACUCAGAUGGCUCCCUUCAAGUUUGUCAACCACAGGAGUAUGAAGAUCUGGGAUUUACACCUAUAGUUCUCCUUAUUGUUGGAUUAGUUGUAGUAGCUGCAGUGGCAGUGUAUUUCAAAAUGGCAUAUAAGUCUGUCCAACGGCAUGAGGAAAACAGCUAUAUUGACUGUUAGGGGUACUGACUCGUGCACCUUCUUCUGAGUGCCAGAUGGAUAUAAUGAUUCUAGGAGAAGGAGCAGAGUUGCUAACAUUGGAGUUCAUUCACCAACCGUUCUUAAGAAGAAAUUCUUCUUACCUCAACAUAGUUUUCAUGAAGAUUUUGACAUUCACCAAUAUUUUUUUAUUUGGGAUUUGUUCAUAGGUAUAAACAGAAUCAACACACUCUCAAGAGCACAAAAGUGUGAACAGUUCUGCGGUUGAAGAACACGUCAAAAAUCUGACUUAGACUUUUCUUAGGACGUUUCUCAAGAACAAAUUGAAGAAAAAAACUAAGCAAACUAUUGGCAAAUGAGGCCCAUUCUUACCUUUAACAUAUUACGAUAAUUUGAAGAGGACAGUUUGACAAGGCCAACUUAAACUUUCAAGGUUAACUGCUAGGUGGUUGCUGGGGUAUCUUAGGUGCUACUAUAUCUCUUCUGGUUGCUUGGAUUAUGCCAUAUGGUUACAGUUGGAUGUGAUUGUUUGAGGUUUUCACCUAUUAUUGCUAAGCAGUUGCUAGGUGGUUGCUAUGGUGUUCCAUGCAGUUUCUAGGGUGUUGCUCGGUGGUUGUUGUGAUAUCGUAGGGGAUCUUUCAUAAUUGGUAAGUUUUUUGCUAGAGUACAGCUAGGUGAUUGGUAUGAUAUUUUAGGUGGUUGCUAUGGUAUUUUAGGCAGUUAAUGUUGUGUGGCAGGUGGUUGUUACAAUAUUGCCAGGUUGUGGAUAUAUUAUUCUGUGUAGUUGCUAAAGCGUUGCUCUUUAGUUACUAGGUGUAUUCUAGAUUCUCAUUCAGGUGUUCAAAAGCUGUCUUUAGGUAACUGGUAAGUUGUUUGCUAGGGUAUAGCUAGGAGGCUGCAGUGAUAUAUUAAGUGGUUCUUAGGGUGUUGCUAAGCAGUUAAUGUGGUGUAGCAGGUGGUUGUUACAAUAUUGCCAGGUUGUGGAUAUAUUAUUCUGUGUAGUUGCUAAGGUCCUGCUAUUUAGUUACUAGGUUUAUUCUACGUUCUCACUCAGGUGUUCAUAGGCUGUCAUUAGGUAAAUAGUAAGUUUUUGCUAUGGUGUAAGUAGGAGGCUGUAGUGAUAUAUUAGGUGGUUGUUAGGGUGUUGCUGAGCAGUUGCUCUAGUAUCUAUGGUGGUGGCUAGGGGGUUCUAGGUAGUAGCUACAGGGGUUUAGGUGGUUGUUUGCUGGUUGGUAUGUUAAUUCAGCAGUUGCUAUAGAAUUGCUAGGCAGUUGCUGCGGUAACUGGUAGUUUUUUUUCUAGGGUAUAGCUAAGUGGUAGUUAUGAAAUCUCUGGUGGUUGUUUGGGGAUUGCUAGGUGGUUGCUGUUUCAAGCAGUUAUCUUAUUCUGUUAUUCUAGUUUCAAUAUAGCUAUAUUAAUCUAGAUUUGCUAAUGUGUUGCUAUUUAAUUGUUACGAUAUUAGUUACUAGGGUGUUAAGCUAGUUGGCUGCUAUGAUAUAUUAGGUGGUUGUAAGGGUGUUGCUAAGCAGUUGCUAUAGUAUCCAAGGUGAUGGCUAGGGUGUUACUAGGUUGUAGCUAUAGGGGUUUAGGUGGCUGUUAGCUAGUUAGUCUGGUAAUUCAGUAGUUGCUGUGGUGUUGCUAGGCAGUUGCCAUGGUAUUAUAGGAGGUUGUUGCUAAGUGGUAACAGUUAGCCAAAUAGUGGUGAUUGGUAGAAUAAGAGGUUUUUGUAAGAGGGAUGAUUCAAUUUCAUGAUGUUGUUAAUUCUUUCAUUCAUUCCUUUGUAUAUUAAGAUGCUGAGUUGGCUAACCAAACUGACUGUUAGAGUGAGACUCAAUUGGACACAGCACUACUGGACAACAGAGCUCAAAAUCUGACUCUCUGGUCAAAAAACGGAUAACUGGCAACCCUAGUUAGAUAUAAGUAGGCAUCACGCACAUAGAUAUAUAGAGGGUUGGGAUCAAGUGGCUUUAGCAGAGCUGAGUAACACUGAGAUUAAUAACUGAUCAUCACAUUGAUUUAUCAGUCUACUCCGGCUUUAGCAGAGCUCAGUAUGCCUGAG